GGACAAUAAAACACAGUAAAGUAGUCCAUCACUCAGUCCGCUACGGAGGAAACGUUAUUUCGCAUAAGAGCCCUGAUCAUCAGACACCAUGGCUGUGGAAGGAGGAAUGAAAUGUGUGAAGUUCUUGCUCUUCUUCUUUAACUUCAUCUUCUGGCUCUGUGGCCUGGCUCUCAUCAUACUGGGAGUACUGGUGCAGGUGGCCCUCCAUAACACUCUGGUUAUCAAAGGCCCUUCCAGCUCCACUGCUCCCCUUGUCCUCAUCAUAGUGGGUGUUGUCAUCUUCUUCAUCGCCUUCUUCGGCUGCUGCGGAGCCUGGAAGGAGAGCCGCUGCAUGGUCACCAUGUUUGCCAUCCUUCUCAGUCUAAUCAUUAUCAUUGAAAUUGGAACGGCUAUAGCUGGUUACAUCUUCAGAGGAAAGCUGAAUGAUGUAGUGGAGAACAGUUUCAAAGACAUGAUUAAUCAGUACAACAAUGCCUCCAGUGAUUAUAAGAAGACCGUGGACGAUAUGCAGCAACAGCUGAGGUGCUGUGGCGUGCAUAACUCCUCUGACUGGCUGAACUUUAAACCAGACAAGAAGUCUGUCCCUGACUCUUGCUGCAAAAAUGUCACUGCCAAAUGCGGAGAUGGAGCCAUUGAAGAUAGCAACAAGAUCUAUCUGGUGGGCUGUCAGAGUGUGGUGGAGAAGCUGCUGAGGGACAACAUCCUGUGGGUGGCAGUGGGGGCUCUGGUGAUUGCCCUCUUCCAGAUUCUGGGUUUGGUGUUCUCCUGUUUGCUAAUCAGAGCUAUUCGCAGUGGCUAUGAAGUCAUGUGACGUCAUGGUUUUACGUGCUGGAGCAGGAGGAUCUGAAUAUCAUUGUUUUUUUCUCAAACAUAAAGAUACAUCUGUGCUCUCAUGAGAUUUUUAUUCUUGGGUGGAAAAAGAUAAGUAGCUGGGGUAGGGGGAAACCGCUUUAUAUUAAUACGUUAAAAUUAUAAUUAUAUAUAUUUCCUCUGUUUAAAUAUGAAAUAGCUGAAAUUGUUGUUUUGUUUUACUGUUUUCUACUUUGAAAUCGAUCAUGUUGUGUAAACAUUGUGUGUGUAAUGUAAACAGGUUUUGUCACUGUCCACCUUGUCAUUAUUCAGAAAAUAAAACUCCUGAUUUCACCAUGA